AUGAUAGGCCGUCCUCUACGCUAUGUUAUAACCGUCGGAAAAGCAAUUGCCGCCGCACAUGUUUUUACCAACUAUUGCUUCAACUGGGGCCCUGCCUCUGGCGCGUCUAUGCUUCCGACUUUCGAUAUUCAGGGGGACCAUAUCAUCAUAGACAGACGAUAUCGUUUUGGCCGCAAUAUUGUCGUAGGUGACUUAGUCAACUAUCGAAUUCCCAUCUUCAGACAUAGUGAAGGUGUCAAACGCGUUCUGGGCAUGCCUGGAGACUACGUACUGGUUGGCAGCCCGGAUGCCCACUCGCAUCAAAUGAUUCAGGUUCCUCAAGGUCAUUGCUGGCUUGUUGGCGACAAUUUGGACGCUUCCCGAGACUCACGGAUUUUUGGACCUGUGCCUCUAGCUCUAGUCAAGGGUAAGGUGGUAGCCAAAUUUUUACCUCUUUCCAACCGUCGAAUAUUCAGGAAUGAACUCGAUCCUGAAGACGGUUCUGGUAUUGGAAGGCAAAGAUAA